AUGGAGGAUCCUUCAAGCAAACAGGGUGCCAUGAGCAGAAGAGACUCAUUAGCCAUCUCGGCAUUAUUGAAUGAUGUUGCCGUGGACCCUUAUCGGUCACCUGAUUGGGAACAAACUCGACAUCAUCAUCGUGGUGGGAGCCAUGAUUACUUUAGUUCUAGGCCAAAUAGUGGUCUCAUGUCAAGCAGUGUGCCAUCAAGUCCUGGUGGACCACGCCGUGAACGAGAUGUACUUUAUGUUCCAGAGCCACAAAAAGAACAACAACGACCAACAACAUCUUGGGAUCCUAGCACAUCUGUAACACCAGAAGGAUAUCAUCGUCGCAAAACAAGCAAGGGAAACAUUAUUGUGUCGUCGAUAGCCAAGGCCAAGCGGAAAAGAAUUUCACAGGAGCAGUUCCAACGCCUAAUGGAGGUGUUUGAGCAAACGGAUACCCCCAGCUCCGAAGUCCGGGAAAAUCUGGCACAAGAAUUGGGCAUGACCAAAAGAGAAGUUCAGGUGUGGUUCCAAAAUCGCCGUGCAAAGAUGAGUAGGCAACGUGCUAGUACCAAUGGCGCCAGUACAACAACUGCAACAAAGACUCGCUCAUCCAGUGUCCGCCCAUUGUCAACUCAAACACCACAUCAGCCACUAGGAAAUGUACCCAACAUUGCAUUGUAUCCAGCUGCUGCUCCUCCACCACAGCAACAACGUCGCAAUGCAGGAGCAACACCAUCAUCUCAACAUCAACAAAAUCCAUACAUGAUGCAUCCUAUUGCACCCAUGCCUUCUUAUCCACCACAUGCUGUCGCCCGAGAUUUAUCACCCACCAAACGAUCCUAUGCUCCUCCUCAUCGUUCAUCACUUGCACCCAAUCAACGAAAUUAUCUUCAACAACCCGAAUUCGAUUACUUUAAUUAUGGUGGUAUUAACCGACGCCCUUCUUCUAUUCAUCAAUCUAUGGCCAAUCUAAGUCUACAAGGUGAUCGAAAUGAGGAAGCACCACCAGCUCGCAAACGUGCCAAGUCUGCCAUUGAUGUCCUUGCGUCUGCAGCGGAAUACGUCGGCAAUGAUGAUCCAAAAAGUGAGCGUGCACCAGUGCGUUGA